GGCCGGGCUCAACCUAGCAGGCGGACUCCAGUCCCAGCGCCGUGGAUCGCGAAGCCAUUCCCAGCAGAGUGGCGGCGCCCGUCGCGUCGGCGUUGUAAUUGCAAUGGGCACCAAGGGGAAAGCCGGGAGGAAACUGUUGUUUCUCUUCACGUCUAUGAUUCUGGGCUCUUCGGUACAAGGCAAGGGUGCAGUGUACACUUCUCAAGCUAAUGGUGUCGAGGUUCCCGAGAAUGAACCCAUCAAGUUGUCCUGUACCUACUCUGGUUUCUCCUCUCCCCGAGUGGAAUGGAAGUUCGUUCAAGGCAGCACUACCGCACUCGUUUGCUACAACAAUCAGAUCACAGCUCCCUAUGCAGACCGAGUUACCUUCUCAUCCAGUGGCAUCGAAUUCAGCUCUGUGACCCGGAAAGACAACGGGGAUUAUACGUGUAUGGUCUCGGAGGACGGUGGCCAGAAUUAUGGGGAGGUCAGCAUCCACCUCACUGUGCUUGUGCCUCCAUCCAAGCCGACCGUCAACAUCCCCUCCUCUGUCACCAUUGGGAACAGGGCAGUGCUGACCUGCUCGGAAAAGGAUGGCUCCCCGCCGUCUGAGUAUUCCUGGUUCAAGGAUGGGAUAUUCAUGGCUGCAGAUGCCAAGAAAACCCGUGCCUUCCUCAAUUCCUCAUACACCGUUGAUCCAAAGUCAGGGAAUCUGAUCUUUGAUCCUGUGACAGCCUUUGAUAGUGGUGAAUACUACUGCCAGGCCCAGAAUGGGUUUGGGACGCCCAUGAAGUCAGAGGCCAUACGCAUGGAAGCUGUGGAGCUGAAUGUGGGGGGCAUCGUGGCAGCUGUCCUGGUAACACUGAUUCUCCUUGGAGUCUUGGUUUUUGGCAUCUGGUUCGCCUAUAGCCGAGGAUACUUUGAAAGAACAAAGAAAGGGACUGCACCGGGUAAGAAGGUGAUUUAUAGCCAGCCGAGUGCUCGGAGUGAGGGAGAAUUCAAACAGACCUCUUCGUUCCUGGUGUGACCUGCUGUGGUGACUGUUUUCCACUUGCCUUACUCAGGUGCUACAGUUUCCAGCCCCUGCUGGCUGUAGCUGCACAGGAUGCCUUCCUUGUCUUUGAGGUCCCACUGGACCCCUCACUUUAUAUUUUAGCUAGGAUAUGAUUUUAAUACCGCCAGCCACUUCUCCCUCCUGUCUCCUGCCCCUCCUCCCUUUCCUACCACCAUUGGGUGGCCUGAAACUAAUUAAAGUUUCC